AUGGUAAACGUCAAGGAGCUGUUCUCGCUUGAGGGCCAAACCGCCCUCGUGACAGGCGGAACAAGAGGAAUUGGGCAGGCUAUGGCAAUUGCCCUGGCAGAAGCAGGUGCAGACAUUCUCCUCGUACAGCGAAAUACCUCUAACCAAUCCACUAAGCAAGAAAUCGAGAAAUUGGGACGGAAAGCAACAAUAUACACCGCCGACCUCUCGUCCCCCGAAUCCGUCUCAGCGCUCCUCCCGAAGAUUCUAAAAGAUGGCUACAGAAUCCACGUCUUAUUAAAUUGCGGCGGCAUCCAAAAGCGGCACCCCGCGCACCAAUUCCCAGACGACGAUUGGCAAUCCGUCCUCCAAGUAAAUCUUACCUCCGUGUUCACACUCUGUCGUGACGUCGGCGCGCACAUGCUCCAGCAAAACACUGAUUUAGCCCCCAAUGCUACGCGCCGUGGCUCCAUCAUCAACAUUGCCUCCCUUCUCUCCUUUCAAGGCGGCUUCACCGUCCCGGCGUACGCCGCGUCCAAAGGCGGCGUCGCGCAGCUCACGAAGGCGCUAUCCAACGAAUGGGCGAGCAAAGGUAUCAACGUGAAUGCGAUUGCGCCGGGGUAUAUUGCGACGGAGAUGAAUACCGCACUGAUGCAGGAUGAGAAGCGGGCGAAGAGUAUUCUGGAGAGGAUUCCGGCGGGGAGGUGGGGGAGCCCGGAGGAUUUCAAGGGCGCGGUUCUGUGGUUGGCAAGUGCGGCAAGUGCGUAUGUGAGUGGAGAGAUUGUUACGGUUGAUGGGGGUUGGAUGGGGCGGUAG